AUGCUCCGCGGCGCGCCAGGACUAGGCCUCAGGGGCCUGAAGGGGGCCGAGAGCACUGUAGAGGACUUGGGGAACUCUUGCCCCGAGGCUGGGAGGGAUUUUGAGUUAUUGAAGGAGAACGGCGCCCCCUGCGCCUCCCUGGGGGAGGCUGAAGAGGCAACGGGCAGAAAGCGGGCGAGGCCGGUGCGGUCCAAGGCGCGACGCAUGGCAGCCAACGUGCGGGAGCGCAAACGCAUCCUGGACUACAACGAGGCCUUCAACGCACUGCGGCGGGCGCUGCGGCACGACCUAGGCGGCAAGAGGCUCUCCAAGAUCGCCACGCUGCGCAGGGCCAUCCACCGCAUCACCGCGCUCUCCCUUGUGCUGCGCGCCAGCCCCGCGCCUCGCUGGCCCUGCGGCCACCUCGAGUGUCACGGUCAGGCCAUACGUGCCGGGGAUGCUGGGGAAGCGGGCUUCAGCCCCCCACGGCCCGCGCCGCCGUCCGCAGGGCCCAGCCUUGAUCGCCGGGACGCCACCGGUCACUUCGUGCCGCCUGCCCCACGCUGCGUCUCGUGCGCCCCGCACACGCACCUGGGCCGGCCCAGGGCGGUGACGGAGGCUCCGGGUUCGGCGCAGGCUAAUGGAGGAAGCUGGCGCCGAUGUCCCGGGGCUGCCCUUGCUGGGCCGAUCCCCUGGCCGCGGGGCUACCUGCGAACGGCUCCUGGGCUGGGCCACCAGCACUCUUGA